GGAUGACCUAUUUAAUCGGAUUCUCGGCGAGCCUGUCACAUCGGCCAUUCCACACAGCUACUUCGCAACUGUCAGUCGGGAUUUCUUAUUCAACAUGACCAAAACAAAGAUAAACAUCGCCAAUGGAGUAAUCUGCGCCAUAGUGAUUGGAGCAGGAAUCGCAUUCAGCGUCUUGGUGUAUAUGCUCUUUGACAAGAUUGUCCAGGCGACGCUGUCCAGUUUGAACCUCACCGGCGGUUUCAACGGCUAUUCGGCGUAUGCAGCAUCUCCCGUAUGGUCGAUAGGCUUCGCUUUCAUCAUCCCUGGUCUUAUCGGCGCUAUAGCAUCAUGUGCACGAUGCAAGGGAGGGUACAUCACUCAGAUGGUAUUCUGUAUUCUGACGCUCGUCAUCACGGGGAUCAUCUUCAUCAUCUGUGUGCUGGCCCUGGGUGCAUUCGCUGCGGCGGACGCCGGAAACUGCCGGUCCGUCGGAAGCACCUGUGUGUGCGGGACUUUUGCCCUCCCCAACAGCAACUACUCCUGUGAAGACCUCAACGCUAUCAACGGCAUGGCAAUCGGCAUCGUUGUGAUGGUCGUGGUUGGCUGGAUAAUGACUCUCGUCGCCACCAUCCUAGGCGGGAUGCUUGCAUGCGCACGAGAGGAGACCCAGCCAGGUUUUGUAAUUCAACCCAAUCCAGGCGUCACGGUCCAGAUGGGGAACAUGCCGCCACAGCAAUACGGGCAACAGGCGUACAGCCCGCAACAGGCGUACAGCCCGCAACAGCCUUACUACGGCCAACAGUAUGCACAAAAAAUGUAACCUUCCACCAUAGGAUGGCAUCUUCCCGAGGCAAGGGCGUUAACUGACUAUACAAGUCCAGUUUCAAAAUCUUCCCGAGGCAAGGGAGUUAACUGACUAUACCCUUGCCGAACUAGGCUGGAAUUCCGGAGUUACAUUUUGGCUGGACUAACGAGUCUUUGCAUAGUCCAAUCAAAAUCGAGUGACGAAGUAGACAUUUUAACGUGCAGAAUUCGGUCGACUGCAUGAUUUGAAAAGCCUGUGUAUCGUCAACUGGGUAUAGACAGAUAUUUUGCAUAUCUUUUCAUGUUUUGAAUCCAGGUGCUUAAGUGAUUUGAUGCACCUCGGAGGUUUAGUCCCGUUUUAUUACAAUAUAGAUCUUGAUUAUCGUCUUCACUGGGCACCGCCAUUUUGUUUGAAGCAGAUGCAAGUGAUAUGAGAGAUGGAAUCUGAUUGGUCAAUAAGAGGGACAUAGAAGGGAUAAAACUCGUAAUAGCAACCUGUGGCGGUACGAUCGAACCUGAAAUUCCAGCCUAGUUCGGUAAGAGUGGAAACUAGACAGUCAGUUAACGCCCUUGCCUCGAGAAGAUGCAGGAGGGGUGUAAGCUUUGACAUGACUCAAUGGCACCGAUGAUCAUUGAUGUGAAUAUCAAGACAAGCGAGACAUUCUUUCAUUUGAUACAGAUCUACUGACAGUAUCGUUAAGAUCGCUUUAUCACUGUUAUCAUUUUCAUAUUAUUUUAGUUUAUACAUUGAAUGUUUAUGUUAUAGCCUUUGACGUUUUUGGGAUGGUUUAUGUCAUAUACACACCAUCUGUUUGUACAGAGAACACGAAGAAGUGACCACUGUUUACGAUGGUGGCAAUGUAUAUUUGUUAUUGACGUAUACAUUUUCAUACCGAUGAGGUUUUGUCCCUGCUGAAACUCUCAAACUUUAACAUACCACGUGACUUUUAUUAUAUUAUAAGCGUUAUAUUUCCAGAUUAGGAACGGUUAGGAGGUUUAUAUAUUAAUACACAAGGAAGGGUGACCGUAACCAAUAACUGAUGACGUGGAAACUCUACAUACUUUCAGGAAACAGGCAGAUCCAGGGUAGUGAAAAAGAAGUCACAAAGGUGUCUGAAAUUAUCCCCCAUAAUGCACUGUAUCUGUUCAUCCCCGUCCGCCUCUCAUCAGUGUAGGGGGCACGGGUGGCCCAGUCGUCUAAGGCGCCGCGAUUCGCUGAUUCGAGUUGCGCCCCUUGGACACGCCAGAAACCUCAGGUUGUGGGUUCGAAUCCCGGUUCGCCCCAAUUAUGUUUCUUGGUUUGUCAGCACCAUACCCGUGCUCGGGGGUUUCACCGAAGUGGAAAACCUCUGAGACCUGCAUCACUUCGGGCUUUCCUCCCACAUUAAGCUGACACGCCGUGAUAUAACUGGAAUACUGUUAAAAGCGGCGUUAAACCCAACUCACUCACUCACUCUCAUCAGUGUAUUGUCGCCAAGUACCAACAGAUGAAGACUGUUUUUAUGUGUCUCCCUGUCGUGCUUUACCUGAUGAAAUACACUACACGUAGUCCUACAACACCCAUGCUUCACGUGACCCACACACGAUGUACAUUCAUGCCUUAAACAGUUUGUUACAAAAAUAACAUACAAAAAUAAAAUGGCUUCCGCCGAAUUCAAUCCCCUCUACAGGCUGCUAAACUUUUCAAAUAUGUUUUCUGAUAUGUAUUUUAUACAAAGAUGUUGUUUUUGAAGUUUCAACGCGUGGAGGUUUUAUGGCAUUUUGUUGGUGUGAGCAGGAAUGGUCCGUUCUAUUGCAGCAACCCUGCAUCCACGGACUUCAUAUUCAACCUUUGACACGUGUCGACGUCUUGUUUCGUGUAGUGUUUUCUGUACACAAAGUGUUCCUGAAAUGUAAAAUGUAUGUUCAUAAUUGAUUUACAGUGCUUUGCUAUUUCAUUGAUGGAUCUUAUAUAUUUUCCUAAACCUCUUUUUAUCAGACUGUAUUGGUGUAAAACCAAAACGCACUUGAUAACAUGUUACCAUCUGAAAUAUUAUUUUCUAUACAUAUACAGCGGAAUAGUGUCACAUUCUCGUAUCAUCUGUCUGUUUAGUACUUAAGCCCAAUAUUAUUACUCUUGGGACUGUGAAUAUUGCAUAUGUAGAAAUUCUAUAGAUAAUUGAAACGACACGGAAGAGAAUUUAUUGACGUCAACUUUUUGUUAUUAUGGGGAACGUCACGUUUCAGAGUACAUGCUUACUCUUUCAUCAGGUGAGUAGCGAGAAGUGAGGGUACACUCCGAAACAUUGCGUUCCUCAUAAUAAAUAUUUGUUUGUUUUGUUUGUUGUUUAACGCCGCACUCAGCAAUAUUCCAGCUUAAUGACGGCGGUCUUCAUAUAUAAGAGUGUGGACCAGACAAUCCAGUGCUUGACAUCAUGAGCAUCGAUCCCCGCAAUUGGGAUCAAUGACAUGCAUCAACCAAGUCAGUGAGCCUGACCACCCGAUCCCGUUAGUCGCCUCUUACGACAAAAGUUGACAUCCAUAAAUUCUCUUCCUUAUGUGUAUCACUUAUAAAUGCCUUUCAAAGGCUUAAUAGGUACGACGAUUUCAAAUGCCUAACAUGUGUAAUUUUGCUGUUGGAAUAUAUUGAAGCCUGAUCCAGUGCCUUUUCCCCGCUGCUGUCGGACGGCGUGGGGCACCAUGUAUGUCUCAUCACCCACAUCAGAUGAAGUGAAUGCAAUAAGUCUUUUCCAUGUCUUACCAUGAGCAAGUUCAAGUAUUAUUUGCAACUGAACUGUUUCAGCGCUGUUCCCCAAACGUCUAUAUUCUUAUAGCGUCCAUCAGUUAAGUGUUCUCGUGGUCAGAACGCAUAAUAUUAGACUAUGCAUCUCAGCGGUUUUGUCUUUCUUGUUUAUUUUUGAAAAUAAAACAUUUUUUUUUUCACGUU